CUCCUCAGUCUCUCUAGCUCCGUUUCGUUGGGGAGGACUGCAUAGCUUCCAGAAGCCUCAGCCGGACUGCACAUCCAGGAAACCCAGAAGAAUGUUAAAAAUGAUAGAUAGUCGGUAUGAGCCAUCUAUUGAAGAACCCAGUAAAGAAGAUGGAUUGAGAAGCUGAAUUGCUGUUAAGUUUUUGUAAGAUACGCACCCUGCUGAACACACAAGUUUUCAAAGGCAAUCAGACAUACGCACCAAUGGAUGAGCAAGACUAUCCACACGUAAGAGGUUAAAGAUUUGGUUCUGUAUCUCUUUAUUGAAAUUACAUCGUAAACGAAGAACUUAAAUCAAAACUAUUUUUCCGACAUCUGGACGUAAAAAUGGGCUGUUCCCCAUCCAAGGGUCAGCUUUUCCCCGGGGUCGCAGAUGGGAUCCACAAGGAUCCGCUGCCAGAACCACCAAAGUUGGGUGACAUCAAACCGGUUGAGGGAGAAAACCAAGAUAUUGACGAUAUGGAUAUUGACAAAGAUUUAGAGGAAUUCUCAUUAUCAGAGGUGAAUCCUAUGGCCCCUCUGGGCAAAGUGUCGGACAUGGCCCCCAACACAGCCGUUGUGUCAAACCCAGGGGCUGUCUCUGAAAUCGAGGUCAAAAUGACGUCUCAGGUGAGAGACAUACAGAGUGAGAAAUUACUGGAAAAGCAGGUGAAAAAGGUAGAGCAGCGAAGGAAAAAUAAGGGUGUCAAACAGGGUUGCCGAAAAGAAAAGGAGAUAAAUACCUGCAUCAUGCAGGGGAAGGUGGACCUCCCCAAACACAUUGUGAGAGCUCACCAGGCCGCCUACAAAUACCUGAACCCCAACAUCUCCAAGUGUGAGACCCUGCUGGAGAUGCUGGACCAGGUCGCCCAGACCCACCUCUCCCUGCAGCCCAUCAUAACAGUCAUUGUAAUGCUCUUCGAGGAGGUCAACCAGGCCCUAGAGGAGAUGGCUGAUGAUGGUGAGCUGAUGCUGAAGGAACAUGGCAACCACAUGGCCUGGCCCUCUGAGACAAGGGCCCCAUAUUCCAUCCCUGCCAAGCCCAGUGCUGACCCAUCAGAACCCCCGCCAGACCUGCUGCAGCAGCUGCUCCAGGAUUCCACUGAAAAGUUUAAGCUGGUGAGGAGCGCGGUCCAAGGCCUGGGAGACACCGCACUGGAAGAGGCGGCAGACUACUUUGCCUCGCUAUCUAAACUACUGGGCAAGAGGCUGCGGGCCAAGCGAGUGGUAGAGGAGCGUCUGAGCCAGGUGCUGGCACGCGUGGAGGCAGCCGCCAAGUGCAACCUCGAUGACUUGUCUCUUCACAGCGAGGACAGCGGCAUUGGGGGAGAGAAUGAGUCGCUGACGGGAUCAGAGCGUCAACGUCGCCAACGGGGGAGUUCUGGACCCGGUGGCAGUGCUCGCCCCACACCCCUAAGCCAUUCACCUGACAAGGUAUGCCUUAAUAAAAGUGAGGAGGAAAAUGAGGAAGUGGAUGAUGAUGAAGAUGAGGAGGAUGAAGAGAGGUCAGGGAGGGUGCGGUCCAACUCUUCCUCGUCAGACCCCAUUCAGACCCCCAAGCGCAGUGAGAGGCAGCCACCCAAACAACCCCAGACCGCUGCCCCCUUGGGCAGGCCAGUGAGACCGCCACACUCACUGUCCAUAGAAUCUUUCGAUGUUCAGGAGCUGCAACAGAAAGAUCUGGACCAGCGGACGGGAGACGACACUCUGAGGAGACACUCUUCAGGAAGGAGGAAGGUUCCUAGAUAUGAACUCAAAGGGUCCGCGAAGGCAAACCAAACACCAACUUCUCUACCAGCGAUAGCACCACAACCCCCUGGCCGCAACUCCGUCAAAAGACUCAUAAACACAUUCAGUGGUGGGACGGAUGUUAGACAAGUCCAAAGUCUCACUAGUACACACCUUAGGGGGUCUAGGAGGAGUGAAACUCCAGGUCCUCCCUGGCCAGUGGAAGGCAGGGAGGACCUAGAUGUGGACUACCUGCCCCCACCUCCCCCUGAGGUCCUGAUGGACAACUCCUAUGAGAGCAACGAGGAGAACCCGGAUGAUCAGGGCGGGGAAGAGGAGGACAUCACCAGUAGGGGCCACCCUGUGCCACACCAAACAAGCACCACCUGUCAGCGCCUGAGGGCCUCGUUGCAGACCAUGACGGUUCUGCCCAACCGUGGCAGUGUCGGACCAAUCAGGCAAGAUACCAUCAUGGUGAGGGGAGAUCAUCAGGCUACAUCGCUAUACAGUCAGGCCUGCAAGAUCAUCCACCUGCGCAAUGCAACUGAAUCCACUCCUACGAGACCUGAUCAGGGGGUUCGAGGACCCCUUAGAGCUGGGGUGAGCCUCAGGCAAGGAAGCAGCAACCACUAUGGGGGGGAGUAUUACCCCACCAGCAUGCCACCAACCAUCCCAACAGUCUACAGAGUUCGCCUACCACCCUCUUGUCCCUCUAUUCAACAAGAACUACCAAUCCCCCCUGCUUUAUCACAGCCUAAUCCACCUUCACGUCCAUCCUCACCCCGGGUCCUGAGAUUGAGCACAGAGAAGAGUGGUGAAGAAGACAGGUCACCCUCAGUGUCCUUCAAUGAUGCCCGAUCAGUGUUCUGUCAAAAUAGCCAAUCGAACUCCCAGAUCUGGACCCCCUCCUGUAGCUCUACGCUACCCAGGGCCUAUGGUGAGCCCUCCCGGGGAAGGCUGUCCACACGAGGGUCCCAGACUGUCAGUAGGCGCAGCCAGUCUGACCAGAGACCCAGCCUGAUGACACAACGAGACGAGUCCCUUGUCCCAGGCACAUCACAGGCCAGGAUUGGAGGAAGUGCGUCAAAUAUCACCAAUAACAGUGAGAGGAUGGUCAAGGGUCUUGUGAUGGAAGGGGAGAACCAAUCAGAUCCAAGUGAUGCUGCUCCUACUGACUUGAACCCUGAGCAGUAGUUCAUGGCAGCCUGCCAGGGCAGAAUUUACCAAGCGAAUUAGAGGGUGAUGAUUGAGCAUAGAAAGGGAUUAUGGAUUAGGACUCUGAAAGCUAGAGGUUUUCCAUCUCUUCUAAUGAAAGAAGAGUUUUAUUCUAAGAAAGUGUGUUAGGUUGCAAUGGAGAAAAAUACUAAAUACAUGUGUUGGUUCUAUAACUUCCUCUGAAAUCUUAAAUUUUACAGUAAUUACUGAAAACGUUAUUCCAACAACAAUAAAAUGUACUAAAUUAGGAUUUGUUGAAGAUUAAUAAUGAUAUAAUAUAUGAUAAUAAUAAUAUUUGCAAUCUGUCAAUACAUUGGUGAAAAUAAAAAUGUAUGAUUGACUAUGACUAAUUAUAUACUGGUAAAAUUAUUUGUUUCCUGUUCAUGUCAUACUGUUUUUGAAUUAGCAUUUGUGCUUGAACCAUUUUUGUUGUACAGUAACUAAAGUGUUUGCUUAUAAAUGUUGUUUUAUUAUUGUUAUUCAUAGUCACCUUUUUGUAUUUUGUUUAAUUCUACUUCUUUCUAACUUUGUUCCUAAGAAAUGUUGUACUUUUUUUUGUCUGUGCUUCAUGAGAAGAGCAAUGACUUAAACAGCACAUUACCUCACCCAGCCAUAAAUAGCUUCCUGAUUCCUCUCACGUACAAUUCUCUGUGAGCAUGAGUCCCAGUGUCACAUUUGUCAAAAUGAUUGGACCAAGGUGCAGCGUGCGUAGAGUUCCACAUAUUUUAAUUAAUAGAAACUCGACGGACAGCUACUCGUGUGCACACAGGCAACUAACUGUAGACAAGAUCUCACAAAGCACAAUGAAAUGGCUGCCUAAAUAUGAUCCCCAAUCAGAGACAACGAUAAACAACUGUCUGUGAUUGGGAACCAUCCCAGGCCAAAAUAAACCAUUAAUCACCUAGAUGACCCACCCUAGUCACUAUCACGCCCCAACCAACAGAGAAUAAACAGCUCUCUAUGGUCAGGGUGUGACACCCAGUGGCAUUAUGUACCCAUUAUUUUAGAGGGGGCACAAAGUAUGUGAGGAUUGAGGGGGGUAGUCAAACACCUGAAACAGCCUUUUCCAUAAUAAUUAUGCAUAAUGUUUACCUGUUCAAUUGAAUUAAUGAUACACAUUGAUUAUUUAGGAACUUUUAUGCCUUACGAGUUUAGUACAACUGCCACACUGGUAUACAGUAUCAUGAUCCAAUAGUUAAAACAUGCCAGCUAAGACGCUUAGACAACUUGAUUAACUUGAUUGAUAGCCUGAAAUGGCUUGGUAGCUAGUUAGGAUGUUGGGAGAUUGGGAACCUAUCCAGCUGUCUAGCUAGCAAGCUAGGUGGCUAGUAUUACAGAUACACAACACAAUGUAUUAGUUUUAUUUAUUCAAGAAGGAAUCAAUAUGGUAUAUACGGUAGCUUGAUCAAAUUAAUUUACAAAUAUACCUCCUACAAGUCCUGCCCAUCACCUGCAGCUAAAAUCAGAUCAAACCCCCAUGUGUGUGUCACUCGACACUCUCUCUCCUCUCCCACUGAUGAUAAUAUCUGCACUAGAUACUAGAGUAUCUAGAAUCCUACCUAGCAUGUCUUUGCUCGGUGGUGCACCUUGGAAGGAACCACUUACUAGGGAGAAUGGGGAGGUAUUCUUUGUCUGGUCCAGUCAGUGCGCUCCCUCCACAAAAUAAAGCUGACAGAUCUCAUUCUAAAUAAUUGUGAUAAAACGUGGGCAAAAAACAUUUACAACAUUGUUUACAUUUUACAUUUCAAACGGUCCCAUUGUAAUGACCGUGUAGGGGUCGGGGUGGACGAGAGAGAGGCAGGCAGUGUUUCUCAGCCAGUCGAAAUCAUGAAUCAGCUGGCAUCAUUUUUUAUGGAUAUAUACAAAGAAAUGUCAAUUGAAAAAAAGGUCAAACGAAACAGUCUUUCCAGCUUCAGUUUGAAGUUAGUGUUAUAGAGCUAGGUGUGGUUGGCUAGUUCCUCUGAAAAGUGUCCUAACAAGAAAGCACAUUUUCUAUGGCAGGUGAAAUAGUGCCUCAUCAGCUCAUUGUUAUAGACGUAUCCAAAUACAUGUCACUAAAAAACAGCUUAAUAAACAAAUGCAGCUGCUGCUGUUAUUCUAUC